CAAGUUCGCCGACCGGAGCAGAUACUGUUACGUCGCAGUUUUCGGGCAGUUUUCCAGUACAUGAUUAUGCUCCGAGAUGAUCCAAGUACCAGUGCGAGUGGCUUCAAACCUGACUCGCAUCUGGACCGUCUACUCUUCGGGUGCUCAUACAACUCCUUCCGCUCUCUCUCUCCCAUAUAACGUCCGUCAUCCUCUCAGCUGCAUCACUAUUCUCUCCCAAUGCCUGCACAAGAGGUGAAACUGCCACACAAGCAUGUCGACGUCCUCAUUAUUGGAGGUGGACCCGCGGGCAGUUACGCUGCCACCACCCUAUCUCAAGAAGGACUGGAUGUUGCCGUACUUGAGGCAUCCAAGUUUCCCAGGUACCAUAUUGGAGAAAGCCUUAUCCCAUCCGUGCGCCAUUACCUGCGUUUCAUCGGCGCGGAAGAAAAACUCGCAAAUCACGGCUUCGUUCGCAAGCCGGGCGCCGCUCUCAAAUUCAGGCAGUAUACUGAGGAAGGAUACACCGACUUCGUAGCCAUUGGACAUAACAAUAACGCAUGGAAUGUUGAUCGCUCCGAGUUCGACCUUCUUUUGCUGAACCAUGCUCGGGCGUGCGGCGCCUCUGUGUACGAGCUCACCAGAGUCAACAGUCUGACUUUCUCUCAGACGGAUCCUUCGAGGCCAAUUUCUGCGACGUGGACCCAUACGGGCCCCCCAAUACCCAUUUCCCCGCCUGCGUCGCCAAAAGCAUCCAGUGAGGGCACCAAAAGCCCUGAGAUCGUCUCUGAACCAGUUAAAUCUACCGGGGCGACCUCUUUCAAAUACUUAGUCGAUGCUUCCGGCCGAGCAGGCGUCAUGUCAACGAAAUACUUGAAAAAUCGACAUUUCAAUCUAUCUCUUAAAAAUAUUGCCGUCUGGGCUUACUGGAAAGAUGUAGCAACUUACGGAGUUGGCACGAAGAGAGAGGGAUCUCCUUGGUUCGAGGCCUUGACUGACGAAUCUGGCUGGGCCUGGUUCAUUCCUCUUCAUAAUGGGACUACUUCUGUUGGUGUUGUGAUGAACCAGGACGUAUAUAACCAGAAGCUUAAACAUCCAACUCCGUCAUCGCCAUUAUCCUCUGCCUCUGCUCCCAAUCAUUCGAAUUCUGACAGCGCUACACGUUAUUUAACGAGUCUUUCACUCGCGCCACAUCUCGUCGAUUUAAUAGGCAGUAACGGGACGCUCAUGGAAGGAACUAUAGCAAAAGCCAGCGACUACAGCUAUUCUGCGCCCUCAUAUGCUGGUCAUGGCUUUAGAAUUGUUGGUGACGCUGGAGCAUUCAUCGAUCCCCUCUUCUCGAGCGGUAUACAUUUAGCUAUGACUUCUGCUUUAUCUGCCGCUGCCACUAUAUGCGCUUCCUUUCGUGAGGAUAUCAGCGAAACAGAGGCAGCGCAAUGGCACACGAACCGAGUUGCCACCAGUUAUACAAGGUUUCAGCUUGUUGUUCUUAGUGCUUAUAAACAGAUUCGAGCCCAAAGCAUGUCCAUUCUCUCAGACGUCGAUGAAAAUAAUUUCAACAGAGCAUUUGCGUUCCUACGGCCUGUCAUUCAGGGCGCAUCCGACGUGGGUACUCGUCUUUCUGAGGCCGAGCUACAAAAGUCCCUGGAUUUCUGUGUCAGCCUCUUCAAUCCUACAACACCCGAACAACACGAAAAACUUCAUGGAAGCGGAAAGAUCAGCAAGGAACUACUUGAUGUCACAUCCCCCGUCAUGCAUCCUAGCUUAUUCGAAAAGGCUCUCCUCCAAGCCACCCCUUCAGUUGAAAAAGAAAACGAAGUCGACUUACCAACUUCAAAACUAGUGCUUGACAAAAUCAACGCUCGCCGAAUCGUACAUGCCGAGUACGGCAUUCACAACCUCGAGUCAGAGACUCUUGAUGGUCACGUCGUACGGCUGAAGAAGGGAUCUCUAGGACUCGAAAAAGUUUAAGUAUUUCUUUUGCUAUGGGCUACGAAUUUAUGUGUUUUUUAUUCUCCCACCGCUUUUUUGUCAGCGAUAUGUACUCUAUAUUUAUGUUCGGUGGUUCUUCGUUUAUAUAAUUUUCAAGUUAAGUGACUUUUUGUUUUGAUGAUGCACGUGUACAAAUUACAAUACUUUAGUAUUAGACAGUAAAAUUUGGCCACCUCCGCUAGUACGGCUCAGGUUAAAUAAGCGUAAACUAAUCUAUCUCGGUAGCUCGACAAUAAUAAAGAGAAGUCAAGUCAGGUGAAGUGAAAAG